CCAAUUAAUUAUUCCAAAACUAUCAGCAAUUAAUUAAUAAAUCAUGUGUUGUCUUCCCCUCUUGCAGUCCAUCAUCCACCCUGAUUUCCAUGAAGUGUUCGAGAGAAUGCCUCUGUGCGACAAGCUCAGCUUCCUCUACGUGCACUCGCUGGACAGGCUGAAGCUAUGGCACAAGCUGCCGGUGUUCCUGGGGCUGACCUACUUGCAGCAGCGCCGGACGCUGCACAACAAGUACAACCUGCGCGCCGUCGGGGAGAGCGAGACGACUCCGUUCGACCCCAAGGACUACGCGUACCGGACCGAUGACGGGGAGUUCAAUGACCCGAACAACAGCAAGGCCGGGGGCUAUGAUGCCUUCUUCGGAAGGAACAUGCUCCCUCAGGAUCAAAACGAUCGAUUGCUGAGUCCUCAUCCGGCGAUCGUGGCGACGAAGUUUCUGGACCGGAGAGGAACUUACAAGGACACCGGUAAGCAGUUCAAUCUGAUUGCAGCGUCAUGGAUACAGUUCAUGGUGCAUGAUUGGAUUGAUCAUCUCGAAGACACUCAGCAGAUUGUCCUUACGGCUCCUGCGCAUGUGGCCGACCAAUGUCCCCUUAAGUCGUUUCGGUUCUACAGUACGAAAGAGAUUCCCACACAUAAAGACUUGAUCACCACCGGUAACUUGAACAUCCGUACUGCUUGGUGGGAUGGAAGUGCCAUCUAUGGGAGCGAAGGGAAGAAAGAAAUGGCGGUGAGGACCUACGUCGACGGCAAGUUGAAGCUAGGCGAUAACAAUCUCCUUCAGCACGAUCCCGUCACCGGAAUCGCCAUUUCCGGCGACAUCCGCAACAGCUGGGCCGGCGUCUCCACGCUGCAAGCCCUCUUCGCCAAGGAACACAACGCUGUUUGCGACGCACUCAAGGCAGAGUAUCCCUAUCUGGACGACGAGGAACUGUUCCGGAAAGCAAGGCUGGUGACUUCGGCCGUCAUCGCCAAGAUUCACACCAUCGACUGGACGGUGGAGCUCCUCAAAACCCACACUAUGAAUGCUGCCAUGCAUGCCAACUGGUAUGGGUUGCUGGGGAAGUGGGUGAAAGACAGGUUUGGGCACAUUGGAGGAGAAGCCCUCGGAGGACUCGUCGGUCUGAGCCAACCGAAUAACCACGGGGUCCCCUACUCCCUGACAGAAGAGUUCACCAGCGUUUACAGAAUGCACCCUCUUCUUCCAGACUCUCUCCACCUCAGGAACAUCAACACCACUCCUGGACCGAAUAAAUCCCCACAGUAUCUCAAAGAAGUCAAGAUGGAGGAGCUAGUGGGGAUCAGAGGCGAGUCGAAAUUGGGCGAGAUCGGGUUCGAGAGGCAGUUGGUGUCCAUGGGACACCAGGCUUGCGGCGCCCUUGAGCUGUGGAACUACCCAUUGUUCUUUAAAGAUCUCAUCGCUCAGAACGUCGACGGAACAGAGAGGUCAGAUCACGUCGACAUGCCUGCUCUCGAGAUCUAUCGCGAUCGCGAACGGAGCGUCCCACGGUACAACCAAUUCCGCAGGGGCCUGCUGAUGAUCCCGAUUUCGAAAUGGGAGGACUUGACGGACGACAAGGAAACGGUCCAAGAUCUGCUCGAAGUCUACGGGGAGGACGUCGAGAAGUUGGACCUGCUCGUAGGCCUCAUGGCGGAGAAGAAGAUCAAGGGAUUCGCCAUCAGCGAAACUGCUUUCUUCGUCUUCAUUAUCAUGGCAUCGAGGAGACUGGAAGCUGAUCGAUUCUUCACGAGCUACUUCAACGAGGAAACGUACACGAAGAAGGGGUUUCAGUGGGUGAACUCGACGGAGAGUUUAAGGGAUGUGAUCCAACGCCACUAUCCCAGAAUAGCUUCGACAUGGAUGAACUCCACGAGUGCAUUCUCCGUGUGGGACGCUCCUCCCAACUCCUUCAAUCCCGUUCCAUUGCUCCUGAGGUUUCCCAGUUAAAAAGCGACGAUCGAGCUAGAAGAUAUACAGAUUCAAGCGUGCUAAUUAAUUUUAAGUUGAAGAAGGCAAGUAAUGUACGUAGAUGUUGGAGUCGAUAAGCUUUCUGAAUUCGUUUGAUUCGUAAUUGAUUGUAUUCGUGCAAUAGUUUAAUUAAUUGUGUCGGUGUGGUUAUUUCUUUGAACUAAGUUUGAUAUAUAAUUGUUUUAAAUAAAAAAGGGUCAUAUGUAUUUAGGGGGCGUUUGAUAUAGAUUACUCAAUCAGAAUGAUAAUGGGUUUGAUUGAGGGUUAAUCAUAAUGAGAAUCAGUGAUUGAAUUGUUG